UUUCCCCACUAAAGAUAAGGUACAAAAGAGUGGAGAGAGAGAGAAGAGAGAGAGAGAGAGAGAGAGAUACUGUGACUACCUUGUUCGGCUUCAAACACUUUUAAAACCCUAUAUAUAUUAUUCUUCAUGAAGUUUCCUCGAUCUAAGCUCCAGAAACCCUAAUUAGCUCAGUACAGUAUGUUGACUUCUUUCUCUCUACAUUUUCGACUAAACUAAAUUCCAGAGUCGAGUAGCAGUGCUUCUGUGUAAUUAGCUCCACUUGGCUGCUGGAAAUCUCUGGAAAUAUGUCUAGUCCACAAGCACAAUUUGUACCUGCCCCAGCUGGGAUCCAAAUGACGGCAGUAAAUGGCGUUCCGGCUGCUGGAAAUGUAAUCAUCGGCAUUGCGGCUUCUACGCCGAUUCAACCGAGGCAUCCUUCUCGUCAUCUACUAGAAAAUACCAAUAGAGAGGCAUACUUGAACUUGUGUAUGCCCCUCUACAAAGCUGCAAUGGAAGGCAAUUGGGAAACCGCCAAAGGCAUCUUAAAUAUCAAUCCGGCACUCUUAACUACUAGCAUAACAAACGGAUGGGAAACUGUUCUUCACGUUGCAGCUGGAGCAAGAACAAUAUUCAGAUUGUGGCGGAACUAGUCAAGAUGAUGGAUGAAGAAGACUUGGCACUUCAAGAUAUUAAAGGAAAUACGGCACUGAGCUUUGCCGCUGCAACUGGAACGGUGGAAAUUGCCAAGAUUUUGAUAGGAAAAAAUAAGUUAUUGCCGACAAUCCCCGGUGGUCAAGGAAUGACACCACUCUAUAUGGCUGCUUUGUUUGGACAGUCUGAAAUGGCGUGGUAUUUAUACCCUCAAACAUUUGAAAUGCUGGAUGAAAUGGGCCGCAUUGUUCUAUUUUUCUGUUCUAUCGAUAAUGGUCUUUAUGAUUUAGCCAUCAAGUUGCUACAAGAUGAUAGAACAUUAGCAAUGGCUCGCAAAGGCGACAAUGAAACAGCCUUGCAUGUCUUAGCUCGAAAGUCUUCAGAAUUUGGCGACCAAAGUACUCCAAGAAUGUGCAGUAGACUUAUCAAAGCAUUUAAAGUACUCCCAUGCAUGAGGGUUUCUUACAAAAGAAACUUGAAGCAAACCCAAGCCUUGAAGCUAGUCGAAUGCCUUUGGAAAGAAAUGUUGAAACAUGACGACGACGAAGUCAUGCAUUUGAUAAGAGAGCCUUCAGAAUUAGUAUUCGACGCAGCGAAAUUAGGAAAUUAUGAGUUCUUAUCUGUGCUUAUUGACUCUUAUCCGGAAUUACUAUUGGAAUAUGAUGACAACAAUCGGACCAUAUUCCAUAUUGCAGUCUUGCAUCGUCAUGCAAGUAUCUUCAAUCUAGUGCAUGAGACAGGCUCCAUCAAAGAUAUCAUAGCAACAUUUACUGAUGACGAGAAUAACAACAUUCUACACCUAGCUGCAAAAUUGGCACCUCAAGACCAACUCAAUCUUGUGUCCGGAGCAGCUCUUCAGAUGCAGCGAGAAUUAGUAUGGUUUGAGGAAGUUGAGAAGAUUGUGCAACCUCCCUUUAUAGAUAUGAAAAAUACGCAAGGUAAAACACCUCGAGAAUUAUUCACUAGCGAGCAUGAGGAUCUAUUGCGCAAGGGAGAAUCAUGGAUGAAGGACACUACAAAUUCAUGCAUGCUAGUUUCAACUCUUAUCGCCACUGUUGUGUUUUCAGCCGCAUUUAGCAUUCCGGGAGGUAUAGAUGAUAAUAAAGGAACACCGAAUUUCAUAAAAGAGGAGGCAUUUUUAAUAUUCGCCAUAUCUGAUGGAGUAGCACUCUUUUCCUCCUCAACUGCAAUCCUCAUGUUCUUGUACAUCCUCACGUCGCGGUAUGCUGAAAACGAUUUUCUCAAAUCUUUACCGUUGAAGUUGAUGGUCGGACUCACAUCACUCUUCGUGUCAAUAACAUCCAUGAUGGUAACUUUCAGCACAGCCUUCUAUUUAUCUUGCCAUUAUGGAUUAAGAUGGGUUCCAGAUCUUAUAUUCAUAUUUGCAUUUGUCCCAGUUGCUUUGUUCGCUUUCUUGCAAUAUCCUCUCUUGUUUGAUAUGUUCUUUUCGACAUAUUGUUCAAGUCUUCUGUUUCAGCCAAGGAGGGAUAUGAUUUAAUAUGUAGAACGCUCUGCAAGAAACCUUGCCUCCACAAUAAUGUAUAUAUUUAUAUAUGUUCUAGCAGAUGAGUUGUGAUUAAAUUAGAAUGAUUAUCUA